CCUUCACAGUGUUUUUGGCAAUCCGACGUUUUGGUUCAUGUCAAUUUAAUAUUGGUUUAAAUGGUUAUAAUCUUAAAAAUAAAGAAAUUUGAUAAAUAUAAUCAAAGCUGGAAUUUGUUCAUAAUUAUAACAAUUUUAAGUUUACUAUCCCGACAAUUUGCUGGUUAGAUUUGCCGUUAAUUUUCGUGAGACACUUCGUGAAACGAUGGAUUAAUGUAAAAGGACGACUGUAAAGAGUGAUUAAAGAGUGGAAAAUUUAUUAUCUCAAGCAUGAAUUCCUUAAUUCGUAACGCUUGUAAUAUGUUUUCAAUUCAGCUCUUUUAAGAUGGAAGAUUUGACGAGAAAAUAAAGAAGAGUUUCGUUUUGUAAUAUAUACUAGAAAAAUUGUCAGUGCAGCGAAGUCCUAAACGAAUUCGAAAAUGUUCAAAAAUACCUUCCAAAGUGGUUUUCUAUCCAUUCUGUACAGUAUCGGCAGCAAGCCGCUGCAGAUCUGGGAUAAGAAGGUGAGGAACGGACAUAUCAAGAGGAUUACUGACAACGACAUCCAGAGUCUCGUUCUAGAAAUACUAGGCAGCAAUGUUAGCACUACAUACAUCACAUGUCCUGCUGACCCUAGGAAGACCUUGGGUAUAAAAUUACCUUUCUUAGUGAUGAUCAUCAAGAACCUGAAGAAAUAUUUCACAUUCGAAGUCCAAAUCAUUGAUGACAAAAAUGUACGUCGUAGAUUUCGCGCCAGCAAUUACCAAUCUACAACAAGAGUGAAACCAUUUAUAUGUACUAUGCCGAUGAGAUUGGACGACGGAUGGAAUCAGAUACAGUUCAACUUGGCUGAUUUCACACGCCGUGCCUAUGGGACCAAUUAUGUGGAGACAUUAAGGGUCCAAAUUCAUGCUAAUUGUAGGAUACGGCGAGUGUAUUUUUCCGAUCGAUUAUAUUCGGAAGAUGAAUUGCCAGCGGAAUUUAAAUUAUUCUUACCCAUUCAAAAUAAGGCAAAGUGUUGAGGAUUAGUAAAGAUUGCGCACCUUUAAAAAAAGAAGAUGGAAUACUUCUCAAAAAUUUAUUCUACCUUCAAGACAAAAUAUCAUUUGUUGAUGGUUGCCUUAAUGUUGUGAUUUGCUCGCACGCUCAAAGAAGUUAUAUAAAAUACAUAAUAUACAAUUUCUUAAAAUUAAGUUUUUACUUAAUGAAAUAUAGCUCACGUAUCAUACAUUAUACAAGCUCGUGUAUCUUUGUUUAUUAUUAUACAUUAAUAUAUUUUUUUUUAUAUUUUUUUCACAACUACGUCUCUUCAAAUAUAUAAUCUAGGAGUUAAAAAGUGAAAGGUAAAUUUAUUGCUGGCCAAUACAUUUGUCCAAUCUUUGUUUCUCUAUAAAUUUUUCUUGGUUGUAGAAAUUUCUGCGAUUUGUCAUAUUAUAUAUAUUAAUAAUUCCAUUCGUGGCACAAUAAGUCUUUUAUUCCGUAAAUUUUCGAGAAGUUUGCUCUUCGCGACAUGAGUUACAACUAGAAAAAUCAGAUACAGCUUUGUCCAUUAACAUGUCUUGCAAUUCCACUUUGUCCAGUUUCAUCUCUUUCUCAAUUACAGAUGGAAUGUGUUUUGAUAUACUUUCAAUUGUAUUCUUGUCUUUUCCUCAAUAUUAACUAGAGAUCUUAAA